AUGAUAUCAAGACUGGUCUUUCUACUUUUCUGUGGACAUAUUGCACUAAACCUGGGAAAUGCUCAGAAAUUGCCAAGAGUUAAAAGACAAAACCUGAAAGUCCAGAUCAACGCAACUGAUGAUACUAUUUGCAUGAAAUACCUUCGGCUAAGUCCAGACACCAAACUCCAAGGCUUCAUCCUGGGAUAUGGAAGCAGCUUCUUCUCUAACCAGUAUAUCCCUUUGCCUUCAGAAGGAAAAUCCUAUGUAACGGAAGUUGAUGCCGAGCCAAGAUACUUGAUUACGGUGCGACCUGCACCCAUUCCAAAUCACAAGAAAACCUGCUCAGGUAAGACCAAGACUCAAAAGCCUCUCCAGCUGGUGAUUGGCACUUUGACCCCGACCUCUGUUUACCUGUCCUGGGGCAUCCUAGUCAAUCCACAGCAUGACUGGACUGCAAAGAGUAGCUGUGCUAGUGACAGAUUUUAUACAGUUCGCUACAGGGAAAAGGAUAAAAACAAGAAUUGGGGUUUUCAGCUUUGUCCAACUACGGAGACAGUGGUGGAGAAUCUGAAGCCCAACACGCCUUAUGAAUUUGGAGUGAAAGACAACACAGAAGAUGGGAUUUGGAGCAAGAUUUUCAAUCAUAAAACCACCCUAUUUACAGAUAAAAACAAAGAAAAUGGACAGCUCCAGAAUACCUACAAGGUCAUACCUAAUAUCCAAACACAGCUCAUACUACGAGAUGCUGCAAAACUUGUCCCUAUUACAAGAAUCAAAGAAGUAAUUCAAAAUGUCACACGUCGGAUGCUGCCUAAAACCACGGACAGGUCUUCCCUGCCAGGAGCAAUACUAGUGCACCUUAUCAUUCCAGGUCUCAAUGAAACACCACAACAGAAACUCCCUAAACCUGAGACACUGGGCAUAUCUGAAACACCAAAGAAAAUAUUGGUUACAAAUGAAACCCGAACAUGGCCUGCUGAAUCCAAAACACCAGAAGUGCAAGAAAUCUCCCCAUGGGUCUUCCCAGCUACCAUUGAAUCAGUUCAGGAAAGCAUUAAACCUACCGUGUCUGCUGCCUCAGAGAAAUCAGAGGCAUCUCCAGCUCACAGUCAAAAUGAACUGGAAUCCGCAGAAUCUAGCAUAGCACCUACGACUGAAUUACCAUUGAACACACUGGCUCACAGUGAAACUGACAGUGGACUUGAAGAAACAAAAUCAAUUCCUAAACCUGACCUGGCACAAACUCAGAACAUACCGGCUACCAAGAAACCAGCCCUGAAAUCUACAUCUUUUCCUUCCACGAAAACCCCAGGGACAGUGAUGGCUUUUGAUGAAACACAGUUUGUUUCUUCAAGAUCCAAACCAUCUGGCGUCCCAGAAAAGCUACCAACCAAAUCUGUAACUAUUCAAACAACUCCGAAACCUGUUACACCUGAAGCUAGUAAAGCAGAAGUUGCUUUCAGUGAUACUCAUCCUGUUUUUUCAAACCCCACAACAUCCGAUGAGCCUGAUAGAACAGAUCUCAAACCAGCAGCAACAAGUGAACCCACUCUGGAAUCUUUCUCACCUAAAACUUCUAGUCCUCUUGAAUGGCCAAGAGAAACAUUGGCUCCAAAUGAAGCACCACUUAUUCCUUCUAAACUGAAACCAUCUCCUCUUCCAGAAGUGCAGCAUGUGAAACCUGCACAAAAGCCACCACUUUUGGAGCAUAGUACACCUAAAGCUUCAAAGACUAUUGAAAGGCCAAAGGCGACACUAGCUCCCUGGGAAACAAAGUUUGUUCCUUCUACACCUAAACCAUCUGCCAGACCCAAAAUGCCACGAACUAAACUUGCAGAAAAAGCAAUUCAUUUGGAAAGCAAUACACCUAAAUUUUCUAACCCCCUUGAACUGCCAAGGACAACACUAGCACCCAGUAAAACAAAACGAAUUCCUUCCAAACCUAAAGUCUCUCUCCAUCCAGAAGAACCCAAGACAAAACCGGCAGCAACCAGGAAACCUGUUCCGGUGCCAGUCACUAUUAAGAUUUCUUCUAUUACUGCUACUACUAAGACUCUUGAACAUCCGAAAUCUACAAUGGUUUCAUAUGAACCACAACACAUUCCUUCCAAACCUAAAGCAUCUGCCAGUGCCAUGCCAGAAAUGCCACAUAGUAAACCUGAAUCCAGUGAAAUACAUUUCACACCUUUGAAGCCCAAAUCAUCUACUGAACCUAAAAUGCCUCAAUCUAAACCUGCUCCAACUGAAACACAGUUCAUUCCUUCCAAAUCUAACACAUCCCCAGAGCCAGAACUACCACAUCCUAAACCUGUCCUGGAACACAUUACACUUAGAAUUGAACCACCAAGGUCAACAAUAGCUCCAAAAGAGACACGACAUGUUCCUUUGAAACCUAAAACAUCACCCAAACCUCAUGUGCCACAGACAAAACCUGCCCCGGAAGCAGCUACAUUUAGAACUCAACAACCAAAGACACCAUUAGCUCCAAAAGAGGCACGGCGUGUUCCUUCCAAACCUAAAACAUCACCGAGCCCAGAUGUGCCACAAACCAAACCUGCUCCAAAAGAGAUGCGGCGUGUGCCUUUCAAACCUAAAACAUCACCCAUCCCAGAUGUGCCACCAACCAAACCUGCCGCGAAAGAGAAUCGACGUGUCCCAUCUAAACCAAAAACAUCACCCAGCCCAGACGUACCACAAACAAAAUCUGUUCCAAAAGAAACUCAGCAGGUUCCUUCCAAACUUAAAACAUCACCUAGUCCAGAUGUGCCACACACUAAACCUGCAGAAGUCAUUCGAUCCCUUCAAGAGCCAGUCACUGCUACAACUCCUCAUUCUCUUGAACGAGCAAAAGCAACACUGGCUUCAAGUGAAAAACCAUUCAUUCCUACUAAACCAAAAACAUCCAUCAAGCCAGGAAUCCCACAGACUAAAUCUGCAAUACAUCGAACAUCCCCGCAGCCACUCAUAACAAAACCUUCUGUCACCUCUAAACAGACAAAGGCAACGAUGGCUCCAAAAGAAACACGACUCAUUCCAUCCAAACCCAAAACGUCUAUCAGGCCAGAAGUACUGCAGACUAAACCUGUUCCAAAUGAAACAUACCAGAUUUCGUUCAAGCCCCAAACUGCUCUAACAACUGAAAAUCCACACUUGAAAACUGCUUCCUAUGUGAUUCAUACAGAAACCAUUAAACCUAAAAUAUCAAAACCAUUUGGCAAAACAGAGGCAACCCUGGCACCACAUAAAGUGCGUCUCACUUCUGCAAGACCCAAGAUCUUUGAUAAGCCACAGACCAGACCUGCACUAAACAAGACAACACCGGGACCUGGUAGAACAAAAACUGCUGGAGCGAUGAGAUGGGGUGGGACACCAACAGGUGACAAAGAAACAGUUCAGAAUUUUACCAACUUUCUCAUGGGCUCAAAUAUAUCGCUGGAAUCCAAUAUUACAUGGAAAAAUCCAGAUUCCGUAGCUACAGCACCUGACCGUCGGCAUCCUCCCUUAGCUCCUGCCAAGCCCACACAGGUGCGAAGAAAACCGUUGCCUCCAAACACAGUGACUGGUAAACCAGGGAGUGCAGGAAUUGCCUUGAAGUCACGAGCUCCACCUUCUCCCACGACUAUUGUAGCUAAAUCUACUGGACCAACCAUAUCUCUGAAGAUGGAAACACCAAGAAAGAAGCCAACAGUUUCUGCUUCUCCUCCAGAAGACUAUGUUAAUACAACUGUCUUCAGCUCGAGUCCUACAUCAGAGACUGAUUCUCUGGGCAAACAACGGUUCACAGGCCCUCACGUCAAGUACAUGCCAAAAAAUGACAGCGAGCCAUGUUCUAUUACGAGAACUCUCAAAUACUUCCAAGAAAAGAAGAUCAGCAACAAGGAAAAUGCUACUAGCCCUCCACAAAAUCCUCCUUCCAACCUCACUGUGGUGACAGUCGAGGGUUGUCCAAGCUUUGUCAUACUGAACUGGACAAAACCGGAAAAUGACACCGUUACCUACUAUGUGGUUUUAUCAACUGUAAAUGGAACAUCUAAUGGAACACAGAGGAUCACUGUAACUACACAGCAAACCCACUGUAUAGUGGAAAAUCUAGAACCUAACAAAAGUUAUGAAUUCCAGGUGAAAGCCGAAAACAUUUUCGGUGGAGGUCCAAGCACCCCUAAGGUCUCAUUUUCUACUGAAUCAGCGGACCCAAGAGUGAGCGAGCCAAUUUCAAUGGGAAAAGAUGCCAUCUGGACUGAAGUCCCAUUCAAUUCCAACUCCUAUUCAGAGUGCAAAGGGAAACAGUACGUCAAGAGGACCUGGUACAAGAAGUUUGUAGGCGUGCAACUGUGUAACUCCCUGAGAUAUAAGAUUUACCUCAGUGAUUCACUUACAGGACAAUUUUACGACAUAGGAGAUGAGAGGGGACAUGGGGAAGAUCAUUGUCAAUUUGUGGACUCAUUUUUAGAUGGACGGACAGGGCAGAAAGUUUUCCCAGACCAGCUACCAACCAAAGAUGGCUUUUUCAGAGCAGUUCGCCAGGAACCUGUCAAGUUUGGAAAAAUAGGUGGAGGGACCCAUAUUGCCUAUGUUCAUUGGUACGAGUGUGGAACUUCAAUACCUGGUAAAUGGUAG